AUGAAUAUCAACAACAACAUGAAUCUCGUUAGAAUACCCUCAUCAAGUGAAAAUAGAAUACCUCAACAAUUAUUAUCCACCCCCUCCAGCACAAUAUUUGGAGAAAUUAUUAAUAAAAACUCAUCACAAUUAUAUUCAGAAUUUGACGACGAAGCUAUUUGUACAUUAAAACAAUGGACUUUAUUGCCUAAUCAACCUGGAGCCCUACGCAUUUUUUCAUUAAUUGCACUUCUAGCAAUGAUGGUUAUUGUGGUAGUUGGGGGAAAUGCACUUGUUAUAGCAGCAGUUUUAAUGCGUCGCAGAUUGAGGACGGCAACUGGACUGCUAAUUCUCUCACUAGCCGUCGCAGAUAUGCUGGUCGGCCUUGUUGUCCUUCCAUUCAGCAUCGCAAAUGAAGUACUAAACGGCUUUUGGAUUUUUGGAGACAUUUGGUGUACUGCUUGGCUUACUAUUGAUAUAUGGAUGUGUACUUCCUCAGUAUAUAAUCUCGUUGCCAUUUCUGUUGAUCGCUAUAUUGCCAUUAUCAAACCGCUCAAUUAUAACAUGUUAAUCACCAAAUUCCGCGCCCGUUGCAUUGUUGCCUUUGUUUGGAUUAGCUCAUUUAUUGUUUGCACACCAAGCUUUUUACUUGCAUCUAGUGAACGAAAGCGCUAUAUUGCUCAGCAAAUGGCGGCAGCAGCAACAACGGGGGUUGGAGGGGAAAUGGUGCGAAACGCAGAAGAAUUUGUUUUGCGUAAUCCUGACGCUUGUCGCUGCACUCCUUCAAAUUCUGGAAUGUAUUAUAUUCUGUUCAGUGCAUCUUCAAGUUUUUAUAUCCCUAUGGCAAUUGUUAUUUUUGUAUAUGCUCGUAUUUAUAUUGCUGCAAUGGCAGCGACAAAAUCGCAAUAUGCUGGUAUGGUUCAGGUGGCUGAAAACGCAAACAAAAAACCACCCCAAGAAAAACAUCAAAAAUCAAAUAAUGAAUCAAAUGGUGGUAUUGAAGGCUCAUAUCUAAAAUUGCCUAAAUUAUUUGGACUUAGAGCUGCGCAUAUUCGUAACAGACAAAGACUAAGCAUGGAUCCUCUAAGAAGUAUACCAAUCUCGCUAAACAGCAGUUCGAUGCCUACUGUUUAUGCUCAAAUGAAUGGAAGUUGCAAUAAUCUUGAGUAUUACCGAAACAACUCUGAAUUGGAUAGACGUAGAAGUGAGGAAAGAUUACUGAUCAAAGAAAGACCAUCUCUUUGUCCAAAAGCAACAGAGGAAAGUUCAGAAUCACAUGAUUCCUCUUCUGGUGACGAAACAAAAUUAAAUGCAAUUACAAAACCUAAUGGAGUAUGUUGUCAAGAUGUUCAAAAUUUAAACCAAACAGCGUUAUCAACGCCUAAUGGAGAAGAAAAUGAUGAAAAUAACAGCAACAAUAUUCCAGAAACAAAUAACUUAACAACAACGCCCCUUUUACAUCAAAACAAUACUACACUUACAAAUGGGUCACCACCACAACAAGAACAAUUAACACAACAAAAAACAUGCAAUAGCAGUAAUUGUAGUAGCAAUAGCACAACUAAACGUGGAUUAGCUGCAUCACUGUUAAUGCGUAUUUUAGGAAAAGGAUUCUGGAUGAAGAAGAAACGUGCUGGGGGUACAUACGAAAAGCGAUUAUCUCUGGAAAUCAAAGCAGCAAAAACUGUUGCAAUUGUAACAGGAUGUUUUAUUUUCUGUUGGCUAGGGUUUUCUAUAUAUUAUGGAUUAACUGCGUUUGAUGUGCACGUGAAUGAAGUAAUAUGGUCAAUAUUCUUUUGGUUGGGAUACUUAAAUUCUGCAUUCAAUCCGGUUAUUUACACACUAUUCAAUCGAGAGUUCCGGACAUGUUUCAAACAAUUGCUCACUUGCAACAACAUGAUAUUUACAUCAAAUCGUGAUCCAAACAACAUGCCUAUGGUAUUUUUUCAUAAAUAA